UUGUUCACAGCACCCAACACAUAGACAUAGAAACAUUCACUGUCGGCCAUGACUGUAUGACAGGUGUAAUAAGCUGAAUGUUAAAGUGUUUAUUCUUAAUUUCUCGUCCAGUAUUUCCGACUUGAACAAUUUGUAGUGCGUUUGACGUUCAAGUCACAUUGUUUUAUUGAAAAAAGAAUAGUCCAAAACAAACCGGUAGUUUGAUGAAACUCUAUUGAUAUUCGUUCACGAAGAUAUUAUAAUUGUUUUAAGAGUGAUUUAGUUUAAAGAAAGCAACGGAAGUUAUUUUCGUUAAAAUUGGUAUUCGAGUUUCUACCAUUGUCUCACUUCUUUUGCCACAGGUCAAUACGAUUGAAGAGGGGCGGCAUCGUCACACUCAAGCACUCAAGUACACCGGUGGGAAAUCACCAGGAAUCGUGGGCUCAAAUGGCGUCCCGAUUAGCCAAUCAGUUCUACACGGUGGAGGUUGGCGAUACCAAGUUUACAAUCCUGCGGAGAUAUCAAAGUCUGAAAGCCAUCGGCUCCGGAGCCCAGGGAAUCGUCUGUGCCGCCUGGGACACAGUUACAGGACAGAAUAUUGCCAUCAAGAAGUUGAGUAGACCAUUUCAAAAUGUCACUCACGCUAAGAGAGCCUAUCGUGAAUUCAAACUAAUGAAAAUGGUUAACCACAAAAAUAUCAUAGGUUUGCUCAAUGCUUUCACGCCGCAAAAGUCGAUAAGCGAGUUUUCCGAUGUUUAUCUGGUAAUGGAGUUGAUGGAUGCCAAUCUUUGCCAGGUUAUUCAAAUGGAUUUGGAUCACGAGAGAAUGUCGUACCUGCUUUAUCAGAUGCUUUGCGGAAUCAAACAUCUUCAUCUUGCUGGAAUUAUUCACCGAGAUUUGAAACCCAGCAAUAUCGUCGUGAAAUCAGAUUGCACAUUGAAAAUUCUCGACUUCGGAUUGGCAAGAACAGCGGGAACGAAUUUUAUGAUGACCCCUUAUGUCGUUACCCGAUAUUAUCGCGCACCAGAAGUGAUUCUCGGUAUGGGCUACAAAGAAAAUGUUGACUUGUGGUCUGUUGGCUGCAUCAUGGGUGAAAUGAUCCGUGGCUAUGUUCUUUUUCCUGGCACUGAUCAUAUCGAUCAGUGGAACAAGAUUAUCGAACAACUAGGAACUCCGAGUGCAGAAUUUAUGAAGCGCUUACAGCCUACUGUCCGCAGCUACGUCGAAAACAGGCCCAAAUAUCCGGGCUACGCCUUCGAAAAGCUUUUCCCGGAUGGACUCUUCCCCGCCGAAUCAUCGGAACAUAGUAGAUUAAAAGCUAGCCAAGCCCGCGAUCUGCUCUGUAAGAUGCUUGUAGUCGACCCCGAGAAGCGCAUUUCGGUCGAUGAAGCCUUACUGCAUCCGUACAUUAGUGUUUGGUACGAAGAUGGCGAAGUCAAUGCACCUGCCCCUGGUCCGUACGAUCACUCGGUGGACGAUCGUGAGCACACAGUGGAUCAGUGGAAAGAUCUUAUCUACAAGGAGGUCAUGGAGUAUGAAGCCGCCCAUUCCACCCCGACUUAUGCACCCAACAUCCGCCAGGUUACCACUCAUGCGGAUGAAACUGAUGGCAACUCUGAGCGCGAUCGUAAUUCUGGGACAGCAGCCAAACGGUAGAAGCAGCGUCAGUUGAGUUUCUAUUAAAAUCCUCUAUUACUCCAUCUCUCUCUAUUCAACUUCUACACACUCACACACACACACACACACUCUUCUUCCGCCCUGCUCCUCCUCUGCCACUCAUGUACUCUCCGUGUUUCCGUACCAGUUUCCCUGCCCUCCCUGAAAAAGAACCCUACCCCCAUAACAAUGAGGAGAAAUGUUAAGUGGCGUGUUUUCAAAUUUAAUGAAGUAACAUUGGUUGGAUUUUGUUUAUUGGGCGUUAGGGAGUCAAGUAAGGAGCCGAUGGAAGCCAGUAAUCCACAAAACAACAUCGGUUGAAACGGGGAAUACGAAUCGAAAUUUUUUAAAAGCGAAAAGGAAACCAAACAUCUUACCGUUUAGGGUGGGGGUUGGGUUUAGCCUGUCAUUGGAGAAACCUGUAGCUGCGCAUAAUCUAUGCAAGAAGAUCUUGUUGUCAGAUCGAUGGCUUCCGGCGUGGGUUUUUUCUGUCCUUUCUGGUGGUGUGCAAUAAAAGUCAAGAUGUGAGUAGAAAGAACAGCUGCACCAGGCCCAUAGUCAAGUACAUUUGUAAAAGCUCGUUCACCGAAAAUGUGAGCGAGUUUCUCUUAUAUCCAUCUCUUUAUUUUCACAUUUCUUUCUCUCUUGUUUUUCUGAUUCUUUUACUUUACUAUCAACACUGCUCUUCAUCCUCUUUUUUUUAUCAUUCUAUCACGUGCAAUAGUGUUGUUUGAUGAUCCCACUCUUGCUUUCCUCUUAUUAUCCAAUCGUGAAUCGUGUAAUGUAGUCAGCGAGUGGGGAUCCAUGGCGACCGUCUCCUGCACUCUUGUUCCAGUCCUCACUCCCUCCUCGUCUCCCUCCUCCCUCCCACCUUAUACUUUUUAUAUGAAAGGAAACUUGCGCUUUCCACUCGAUUGUUUCGGUUUGGCCGUCUUUAAAAUUUACUCCGCGUUUCAUGAAAAAGCUCGAUGAAAACAAAAAUACGGUGAACAUUCCACAUCCCGAUGGUCAUCAUCUCGUACUUUGAGAGUGAAUAAAUUAAUAAAACCGCGACCUCACCUUUAAAAAAACAAAAUUAAAAAAGCAUACAUUUAUGGAAUAGUGAAAGAAGGGAAAAAGGACAUAGCAAGAGACGUCGUAUUAUGUAUUUAUUUAUUUUUAUUAUUACCUUUUUUCCGUUUGUGUUAUGUCCUCGAGGUCUCAAAAGACGCCCAGCUAUCCGUCGGUUACAUUUGUUUGAGUAUUGUUUCAUUUGCUUGUGUUUGAGUAAAAUGUGAGAAACGCUUCCCCAUAUAUUUAAAAGAUUUCGAUGGAGAUACCAGUCUAAUAAAUGAUGCGAUGGAA